AUGGAGACGAGUGAUCCGUCGGGUAGAUUAACGGCGGAAGACUUAUCGGAUUGCAUAAGUGACAGCAGCCAUUCGGAAUCUCAAUUAAGAGCUUUUCAAAAUUAUGAGCGGAUCAAAGAGCUGAAUCUAUCUAUUGAUAAAACUAAAGAAGAUGCAUCGACAGAACCGAAAGACUUUCAUCUUAAUCUUGAAGGCGGCGAUAGGACGUCUCUCCGAUUCAGUGAAUUUCCAUGCGAAAAUUCGACCAGAAAUUUGACUAUGACGUUGAAUAAAGUCAAAGAUUUCGGUUACUCUGCUAAUAAUUUGACUGAAAUUAAUUAUUCGUUGGAAAGAUUGAACGAGAAUGAGGAAUCGACUGAUGCCACAACGCUUUGCAGACCAAAAAAUUCCAGCGCUAAAAACGUGCUGUUUAAUUUGCGCGAGACGAAGCAAAGGAGUCCUCAUGCGUCGUUAUCCUCCUUAGAUAGGUACAGCAAGGAUCUUAAUUUCGUGGUGGAAAAGGAAAUAAAGGACUUCGGCCUGCUCAAAAACUACAAUCUAGAUCGCAUGAAAGAGUUCAACUUUUCCCUGGAUAGAAUGAGGGAUACGCACGGUUUGGCUCUUGAAAGAUUGCGUGGUGGUGCUGAUUUACUAGAAAAUUCGAGCAUGUUACAUCACAAAGAAUUUAGGAACUUGCAAGUACAGCCGAGGAACCCCGAUCUCGAAGCUAUAGCUUUGGAGCGUAUGAGACGCUCGCAUCUACUCGGUACAGAACUAUCCGCGCAAAAUUUGUCAACGCAAGUGCCGCAUCCGCAUUCGAUUACUCACAUGCAACAUUCUCAACAACAGCAGCAGCAACAAGCGAAGUCCUUUACCAUUGACGCGAUCUUGGGCUUAAGGAAUAAUCAGCGCGAAAAACGAAAUCAGCAGCAACAAUACAGAAAACAUCAGGGUCAGGAAAGCUCAGCGAAGAACAGCAGUUCGAGUUCUGGUUCUGGUGGAGGCGGCAAAGUGAAGAGGGUGCGAACAAUUUUCACAGCGGAACAAUUGGAACGAUUGGAGGGUGAAUUUGCACGACAGCAAUACAUGGUGGGCCCUGAAAGAUUGUAUUUGGCUCAUGCGCUUCGAUUGACCGAGGCCCAAGUUAAAGUCUGGUUCCAGAAUCGUCGCAUUAAGUGGCGAAAGUUGCAUCACGAGCAACAGAGUCAAAGAGUGCACGAGUUUCAGCGCACGUUAAACUCGUCGUUGGAACACGAAGACAGCAACGAAACCGACAAAUGGUGA